AUGGAAGGCCCGCAUUUUUGGAUUGUCGCGUGCGACAUUCGAGCAUUUAUUUUAGCCGCCCUUAUUGUUGUUGCCUACAUCAUCAUCCCUUGGUUUAAUUGUAAACUACGCCUGGGCAAACUUCCAACGGUCGAGACGAACGAAGGUGCAGAAGAGUGGAGGAAAACUUACUUGCAGUCUGCAAGCAAGCUGUACCGUGAUGGAUAUCACAAAUUCAAAGAUCAAAUCUGGGUCAUGCCCACUUCUGAUGGCCGGAAGAACGUCGUCGUCCCCGGCCAAUUCUUGCCCGAAUUGAACAAACUACCUGAAAUGGUGCUUAGCUUUCCAGCUGCAAUCAAGAAGAUAGCCCGUCUAAGUCCCAUUCUCAAUCAAGAGAUUCGCGAUGUGUUGAAGAAUGAGAUUCCGGCGUGCGAAGACUGGACACCGGUAUUUAUCUUCCCGAAACUCGUGAAGGUCAUAGCGCAGGUUUCUGGGCGCAUAUUCGUUGGCUCGGAACUUUGCCAUGACAAGGAUUACCUCGACACUGCUAUCAAUUACACCACGGAAUUAAUCGAUGCUAUGAAGGCAAUCAAAAGAAUGAACCCAUGGCUACGUCCCUUUUUGGCAUCGAGAUUGCCACAGGUACAGAGAGUCAAUGAACGUGAGGAGUUAGCAGUCAAGUUCUUUGAGCCCAUUGUGCAAGCUCGGCGUGAGGCCGCCAAAAAUCCUGAUUAUCAGAAACCCGAUGAUAUGCUCCAGUGGUUUCUGAAUCGAAGCGAUCAGUGCAAGUCCCAAUCACUGCGACACAUCGUUAAAAUGCAACUUCUCAUGAUCUUCGCCGGGAUUCACAACACUACCGUCACUACGACCAAUAUCCUUUACAACCUGGCGGUAACUCCGGAUUAUAUACCGCCUCUACGUGAAGAAAUUCAGACGGUGAUAGGAGAUAAUGGAGGUGUACUCACCUCACGUGCACUGCAGCAGCUGGAAAAGCUUGACUCAUAUAUGAAGGAAACACUCCGUUUUCAUCCACCAGAAAUCACCUCUUUCUCCCGUCAGGCAGUUGGAGGAAUCACGCUAUCUAAUGGUCAAUAUAUACCAUCUGGUAGUUUUAUCGAGACCCCAGCGCAUGCCAUAUAUCAAGAUAACGCCACCUUCCCUGACAGCGAUACUUUUGACGGCUUUCGAUUCUACAAAAUCCGACAGGGCGGGAGCGCGGCGCUGGGCGCUCGCAAUCAAUUCGUUACUUCGAACGAGCAAAAUCUUGUCUUUGGAUAUGGAAAACAUGCGUGCCCAGGGAGGUUCCUAGCUGCUGCUGAGAUCAAGAUGAUCUUGUCCAAGAUACUACUGGAAUAUGAUUUCAAAGUUGUGGGUGAUGAGACAAAGAGAUAUCAGAAUUACGAGCUUGGUCGAGUGGUAAGUACUGCAAAAGCCCUGACAUACCCCAACGGUCAACUGAAUAGGGACAGAUUAUACCUGAAGUAA